AUGAGUACUCUGAGUCUCCACGACGAUAUAAUAGCAAUCAAUCCGGAUAUCUCCACCAAAUUGGACCUCCAACUGCCUAUCUCACUGACCACUUAUUUAUUUCUCUUCCCGACACAUCUAUCUUCCUUAAAGAGAGCCGACCUUGUCCAACGUCUACUCGCCAGAUUUGACGUUGUCAUGGUACCAGAGAUUGCCCUAAAGAAAUAUGAGCUUGGUGCAGGCUGCACUGUAAAAUUGCGCAGAAAGAAAGCCGAAAACACUGUGAAGGAAUUUGUGCGGAGAAUCGCUGCCCGAAUUUCUGCACGCAGUGUCUAA